CCUGUUCAUAUUAUUUUGCUGGGUGUGGAAGUGAACUGGCUGCUGGAUUGCUUGGCGAAAACGCCGUGGGAUGAAGACAAUACAAAACAGCGCCUUGCUCUCUCCCAUUCCUUUUGCCUCUUACCUCUUGCCUCUUGCCUCUUGCAGCGACCAGAUGAGCCUCUCGACUAGCAUUCGAGAUGCCGCCGCCAAGUUUUUGAUUCUUGCUUGCUUGCUUGCUUCGCACUCCUUCUUGUCUCUCGCUCAUUUAUUUGACCUUUACAAAAUUAGUCUGGUUUCUAUUCCAAGUCUAGCCCCCUGACCCCUCCAAUGAGCACCGAAAAGCAAGCCGCGCCGCCGUUGGAGGCUGGCGGCGUCUCGGCUGCGGCAAUACCUCCCAAUUCGACGGUAGAGUCGUCGUCCAACGACGGGGAGAAGCCACAAGCCAAAGGGGACGACAAGGCCGCCAGCGCCAGCGCCAGCGGCCGCCCCGAGCGGGAGGCUAACUUCAAGGACUACCUUCGCGUAUUCAGCUAUGCGCAGCCCUACGACUACAUCCUCAUGGCCUCGGCCGCCUUCGCUGCCAUUGGCGCCGGCACGACCAUGCCGCUGAUGAACGUCGUCUUUGGCCGCCUUGUCGAUAACUUUACAGAUUUCAACGUCGCAGACCCUGGGGUUCGGGAGAGGUUUGAGGGCACCCUAAACCGCUUCGCUUUAUACAUGCUCGCCCUUUUCCUUGGUCGCUUCGUUCUCAACUACAUCAGCAAGUUCUGCUUCCGCCUCAUCGGCAUCCGCAUGUCAGCCGCGAUCCGCCUCGCCUACCUCACCUCCCUGUUCAAGCAAACCAUCCACGUCUUGGAUUCGAUGCCCUCGGGGGCCGCCGCCGGCACUAUCACGAGCACCGCCAACACCCUCCAGCUGGGAAUCUCGGAGAAGCUGGGGACCUUUAUCGAGUUUCUCACCAUGAUCAUCACCGCUAUCAUCAUCGCCUUCACCUGGUCGUGGCUCCUGACCCUUGUGUGCAUGUCGGUCAUCCUCUUCAUCGUCAUCACCGUGUCCAUAUUGCUGCCAUUUAUCAUCAAGGGCCAGUCCCGCCAGACCAGAGCGGAAACGAAAGCCAACUCGGUGGCCAGCGAGGCCUUCAGCAGCAUUCGCAUGGUGACUGCCUGCGGAGCCGAGGAGCGUAUCGCUGCCAGAUAUGCCGAGUGGGCGCACAAGGCGAGGCAGUUUGGCCAGGCCACCACUCCUCUGCUCUCGACACAGUUCGCCUUGGUCUUCUUUGCCAUAUUCGCUUCCUGGGCCCUCACGUUCUGGUAUGGAACCCGCAUGUUCGUCGACGGCCGCAUCAGCAGUAUCGGAGCCAUCAUCAUCGUUCUGAUGUCAGUCAUGAUCAUGGUCAUGUCCCUCGAGCGCAUAUCGUCCCCGCUCAUCGCUGUGGCCAAGGCUAUGGUUGCUGCCUGCGAGUUCUUUAUCGUCAUUGACGCCCCGCAGCCCGACCCCGGCCACCUCAAGGAGCCCGACGUAAGGGCUAGCGCCGACAUCUCCUUCUCGGGCGUCGACUUUGCUUACCCAAGCCGCCCGCACGUCAAAGUUCUCGACAACCUCAGCAUGGUCUUUCCUGCUGGCAAAGUUACUGCUAUCGUCGGCCCGUCGGGUUCUGGAAAGAGCACCAUCGUUGGCCUGAUCGAGAGGUGGUACAGUCUGAAAAACGACCAACACAUACUGGAGAAGGCUAUCGAAAAAGACAAGAACAAAGAGGCCAAGGAGAAGAAGAAGGCGAAGAAGGCCAAGAAGAACGGUGGCAGCCCCAUGCCGGAGGACUCUGACGACGAAGAUGAGGAGGGCGAGGCCAGCUCUGCCCUCUUUGGAAUCACCACCGGUCCCCCCGUACAGCUCAAAGGCAGCAUCUCGACUUGCGGCCACGAGCUUGACGAGAUUAAUGUCAAAUGGUGGAGGUCCCAGAUCGGUCUGGUCCAGCAGGAGCCGUUUCUCUUCAACGACACCAUCGAGAAGAACGUCAUGUAUGGCCUCGUCGGCUCCGAGUUUGAAAACGAGUCGGAGGAGAGGAAGAAGGAGCUGGUGCGUGAGGCCUGCGGCGAGGCGUUUGCAGACGAGUUUAUCGACAAGCUGCCGGAUGGCUAUCAGACCCUUGUUGGAGAUUCGGGAACCAAGCUCUCGGGUGGCCAGCGGCAGCGCAUCGCCAUCGCUCGGAGCAUCAUCAAACGGCCCAAGAUUCUAAUCCUUGACGAGGCGACCUCGGCUAUCGACGUGCGAGGCGAACGCAUUGUGCAGCAAGCUCUUGAGAGGGUUUCCCGCAACCGGACCACCAUCACGAUUGCGCAUCGGCUUUCCACCAUCAAGACGGCUGACAAGAUCUGCGUCAUGAAGAAGGGGCGGUGCGUCGAAGAGGGGACGCACGACUCGCUUCUCCAGGACCCGACGGGCGUCUACUACGGGUUGGUGCAUGCCCAGCGGCUGUCCCUCGGCGACGAGAGCGACGAUGACAGCGACGGUCCGGCCGGCGAGAGCCUCGGCGAAACCAUGGCCAGGACCAAGAGCGCGGCAUUAUCCGAGAACGAGGUCUCGACCAUUGCCGGGUGGCGGGAACGGGGCACCAUCAACAGCUUCGGGCGCUUGCUUGCCGAGCAAAAGUCACGCAUGCCCUUGUACGUCAUCUCGGUGGUCGCCGCCAUGAUGGCCGGCUCGGCCGUCCCGCUGCAGGCGUACCUCUUCGCCAAGACCAUUGCCGUCUUCCAGCUGCCCAUGCCGGAAAUCCUGAGCGAGGGCUCUUUCCUGUCUCUUAUGUGGUUCGUCAUGGCUCUCGGGGUCGGCGUCGCGUACUUUGUGCUGGGUUACAGCUCCAUCUACCUGCAGCACUACAUUUGCGCCGUUUACCGUCAGCAGUACUUCCGUGCCAUCCUAUACCAGCGCAUCCCAUACUACGACGACGAGCCCAACUCGACGGGUUCCCUAACCGCGCGUGUCGCCGGAGACCCAAAGCAGCUUGAGGAGCUCCUGGGAAUCAACAUGACCAUGGUAUACACGGCAGUUUUCAACAUUAUCGGAGCUUUCGCCAUUUCCUUGGCCUUUAGCUGGAAACUGGCCCUAGUCGCCAUUUUCGUCACCAUGCCGAUAGGUCUGGCUGCGGGCUACUUCAGGGUCAAAUACGAGAUCGAGUUCGAAAAGAUGUACGCGGCUGUUUUCGCCGAGUCCAGUAAAUGGGCCUCGGAAAGCAUCGGUGCCUUCCGGACAGUGACGGCCCUAACGCUCGAGGACCCCAUCUGCACGCGCUAUUCCGACCUGCUUCGCAACCACGUCGACGGAGCCAACAAGAAGGCGAGAUACACAACGCUUAUCUUUGCCCUGAGCGACUCGAUCAGCCUCGCAUGCCAGGCGCUCAUUUUCUGGUACGGCGGGCGCCUGAUGCUCUCGGGCGAGAUCACCAUAACGCAGUUCUUCGUUUGCUACAUGGCUGUCAUCCAGGGCGCCGAGUCGGCUGGCAACGGGCUCAGCUUUGGUCCCAACGCGGCCCAGGCCACGUCGGCCGCCAACCGCAUCCUCGGAACCCGAGAGUCGGCCCAGAAGGAUCUGAGCGCCGUCGAGGGCCAAAAGUCGGUGCCCGACGCGGAUCAGGGAAUCGGCAUCGAGUUUGAGGACGUGCACUUCAAGUACCCGACCCGCAACGUCUCCAUCUUCAAGGGCCUCAACCUCAGCAUCCCCAAGGGCCAGUUCGCCGCCCUCGUCGGCGCGUCCGGGUCGGGCAAGACGAGUAUCGUGUCGCUGCUCGAGCGCUUCUACGAGCCGCAUCGCGGCCGCAUCCUCUUCAACGGCGUGGCCGCGUCCGACGUCAACGUGUUCGAGUACCGUCGCCACAUGUCGCUCGUGGCGCAGGAGCCGACUCUGUUCCAGGGCUCGAUCCGCGACAACGUCCUGAUCGGCAUCGAGGACCCGACCGCCGUGUCGGACGAGCAGCUCCACGCGGCCUGUCGCGACGCCUCCAUCCACGACUUCAUCGUCUCCCUGCCCGAGGGCUACAACACCGACAUUGGCAGCCGCGGCGUCUCGCUGUCGGGCGGCCAGAAGCAGCGGCUCGCCAUCGCGCGCGCUCUCGUGCGCGACCCGCAGGUCCUGCUGCUCGACGAGGCCACCUCGUCGCUCGACUCGGAAACGGAGAAGCUGAUCCAGGCCACCUUUGAGCGCGUCGCCAAGGGCCGCACCACGGUUGCCGUCGCCCACCGUCUGAGCACUAUCCAAAAGGCCGAUGUCAUCUACGUCCUGGGCGAGGGCAAGGUGCUCGAGAGCGGCAGCCACACCGAGCUGCUCAAGAAGCGGGGGGUGUAUUGGCACAUGUGUCAAAGCCAAGCCCUCGACAGGUAAAGCUCGUUCUAGCUUAUCUGAAGAGCGGGGCAGUGCCAUGUCAUCUCUUUCAAGCGAAGACUUUUCCCUUCCAUAUUUUGUAUCUAUUCUCUUUUAAUCUCUCCACUCUCCUGUCGAGUACCCGGUCUCCCCUUCGAUCCUCGCAGCUUGAUCAGAAAAAAGAAAAAAAAAUCCAACGCGCCCUCACGCGCCACUCACGCCCGCACCUAGCGAGAUGCAUGACGCACUUCAACACGUGUGUUGGGGAGGAAACACAAACUUCUUUUUGGCUUCGUUGUGCAGAACAGGCAGGCGGCCAAUAGAACGCCCGCCCGCCCCUCUCAUGACCCCAUUUCUGGGUAGCAGUGUAUCUAGGUGGUAGUGCCGGAGUUUUCUUUUAAUGCAUUCUGUGCCCGACUAUGCACGCGGAGCCGACAGGCCACAACCAUGCAAGGCCG